AUGCCGAUGACGGAGGCGAAAUUCUUACAAGCGCUCGGGUUACUCUAUCUCGUUAUCGGGAAAGCGUUUCAAAGAAAUUCCGUCUAUCAAUUUCAAUAUUCUGUUGGAUAUUCAAUUUUUCUCCUCUCAUCUGGCUGGGAAGCGGCAAGAAAGAUUUUGGCCGAAUCGCAGAAAAGAAAUUCAUCCCUUUUCUCGUCAUUCACUCGUCUUUUUGCCAAUCUUCUGCCCGUUUACGAUUUGAUUCUUUUAAUAUUCAGUUUACUAUGUCUACAAUUUUACACAAACGAAUCUCUCGCUUGUGCCCAUAAAAAUGCCUUCCUCGCCUCGAUGGGAUUUCUAAAUUUAGAUAUUUUCUAUCGAGAGGCUUUACAGCCGAAGAUCUACAAUGGAAAGCCUCCACCCUCUUCAUGUGAUCAUCCAUUCGAUGGAUAUUCCCUUUGUUGUCUUCUCAUCCAGUCGAUCUUCAUCCUCCACUUUAUCUACUACAUUUCCCGCAAAAUUUCGGACUCAAAGAAGAAUCGAAAAACGAUCCGUUUCGUUAUCUUGGCCUCGCUGACGAUCGCUUUCUUUUGGGCAAACUUGUGGAAUUCGACUAUUGGCAGAUUUUGGUGCUUCUGGGCGGGUGCCCUUUUGGGCAGCGUUCUACCGUUCCCCUGUUCGGGUCGAGAGGAGUCCAAGAGUCAAUCGAGCAUCGAAACCUGCACCACAACAGCCUCAACCCGAGUGUUAACUAUUGCGAUCAAGAAAAAUCCGCUCGUGAACCCCGAACCCGGGACUCAAAAUCUUUUCCUCAAAAUUUGCCAAGCCGCCUCGUUGACCACGAUUUUGUGCUUUUUCCUACCGUUCACUACUCUGGAUUUCGUCUCGGAAAUGUUUGUCUCCAUUGCAACAAUCGUAAUCCUGAUUUCAUCAAUCUUCCAAAGAAACAAACCGAAAUUCUGGGAAAGUGCGGCAAAAGAUGCUGGUCCUUUAAUGUGGUCUGUAUUUGUGGUGAUUCAUCCGAUUCAGUUUCUGAUUCGAAAAGCGGAGGUUCUACCACAGGAAGAAGAAGCCGGUGCCGUCCUUCCACUCGCUUUUUGCGCCGGUCUCGUUCUCCAUUUCGCGUUUGCGCGUCCGCUCGCGAGAAUGGAGAACAAGCAAGUUUACUAUGCAAUCUCGCUUCUAUUCAUUCUCACCGUUUCCAUUUGUAUUUUCAGCUCGCUUAUCGUCGAGUUUUUAAGUGGAGACCGAGAAGCAGCGAUACUCGAGAAUUCUCAAUACAUCAAUCGACAGUAUUCCCUUGAAGAUUGUAUGCCGCUCGGAAAGGAAAGACUCCCGAAACCCUAUGGAUAUUGUGAAUAUCCGGAAGGAGCUGGAGAUAUCCGAGUGCUGCUCGUUGGAGGCCUUUUUGCUGCAACAGAUGCACCGUAUAUCUUCAAACAAUUCGGGCUACGGUAUGACCGUUUUCGUGUUUUCACUCAAACCGGCUUCCAUCCGCUGAAACCCGCGCAACAGCCAAAUGUACACCAUCGUUUGAUGAAAAUUAUUCAACGAUUCAAGCCGACUGCUUUAAUCAUCAAUCAAGAUUUUGGCGGAGAAAGAGCAGGACCGGCCAAGAAUCACCAAGACGAUAUUAUGAUUGCUUACCGUCGCUCGAUCAACGUUUUUCUGAACGCGAACAUUACACGGAUAAUCGUUGCUGGACCCCGGCCACUACCCGCCAAAGGAGCUCUCAAGAAAUUGGAGAAAUAUCUAAAAAAGUCCGAAGCUGUUCCAAUCGACGAAUUCACCUACAACCUUGUGAAAAUACGGGGCCAUGUGCAUCGUCGCUUGAAGAAUAUGCAUGAGAAAGUGACAGCAGUCUUUUUGGAUGAAAUAUUCUCGAAAAAGAACAAUUUGACUUUGUACGAUCCGUUGAGUUAUGUGGCUUAUUUGGAUGACAAUAUGGCGUUAACCGAUUUGGGGGCACAGGUAGCCGUGAAAUACUUUGAGCGAAUCGUGGACACAGCACUGGGCAUUGGAGAAAUCGAUGUCGACGAUGAAUAUCUGGAUGAAGAAUUGGAGAUGGGAAGAGAGAAUGGAGCAAAUUCAACAAAGAUCCCGGUGAAACGAAAACAGAAAGGCGAAAGACCGACAACGCGACCACCGAAGCAUCCGAAUCGGUUGAAAACGAAUUUUUUCAAAAAGGGCAAAAUCUUCGUUGAAAUGCCUUUGCCGGAAAAUUCGACUGUAACGAAUUCGACAAUUUCU